UCCUUAGAUUGAACCGUGAUAUCCUCGCAGUCGGGCCAUAUAUUAACCUGUCUCUGUUCACUGGAGGUUCAAGGUCUGCCGCACUUAAUGAACGGUGGUAGAGGCCGUUUCGUUUGUCCGCUGACCAUAGAGCGUGACGUGCCUGUGAUCACCUCCAGUAGGCCUCGACACCCGUUUCCCUUUUCUUGCGUGACAUUCAGCUGUCCAUCAUGACGGCGAAUGUAGGCAGUCAGCCCAAUCUCAUCCAAUCCCGCAUCAUUGCAAGUAUAGCAGCAACGGCGAUAUCCCUUGCGUGUGGUACUAAUUAUGUGUACUCGGCAUGGGCGCCCCAGUUUGCCGAUCGCCUCAAGCUCACAUCCACCGAGAGCAAUCUGGUUGGGGCGGCAGGGAAUCUGGGCAUGUAUUCCCUAGGAGUGCCGAUUGGCAUGUUUGUUGACCACCGAGGACCGCGCCCCGCCGUUGUUUGCGGCGCUCUUUUGUUGGGCCUGGGAUAUUUUCCGUUGCACCAGGCUUACGAUAAUGCCACUGGUUCGGUCGCUGUCUUGUGCCUCUUCUCUUUCUUGACGGGGCUUGGAGCGUGCAUGGCCUUUGCGGCCGCCGUCAAGACUUCAGCACUCAACUGGCCGCGGCACCGCGGCACAGCAACCGCCUUCCCGCUGGCGGCCUUCGGACUGAGCGCGUUUUUCUUUUCCACCCUUGGGGGCCUACUAUUUCCAAGCGAUACGAGCGCGUUUCUCGCCUUACUUGCGAUUGGAACCUCUGGCUUGACCUUCAGCGGCGUCUUCUUCCUUCGCGUCGUUCCCCACUCCGCCUAUUAUGCCAUAUCCCAGUCUGACCAAGCAAGCACCGAAGUGCUACAUAGAGCUUCCGAGGAGAUUAUGAAGCAACACGUAUCUCGCCAGGCCCCUCGUGAUUUUUCAACUGAGAUCGGUACGUUAUCUAAUAGACACGAUCCAAUUAUCGCAGCUAGGAAUGCAGGGUACCAGGCCUCAAUUGAACGCGUCGUUCAGAACGAAGACCGAGGCCCUUCCUUGGCCGUUAGUUCCGAGCCAGACGAGAUGACAUAUCUUGUGCCGAACUCUGUUACCUUGCGAGGCGAUGAUUCUUCUAUGCAGAGCACUAUUGAUACGGAUCGUUCUCCUCGUGCAGAUAUUCGUGGAUUUCGAUUGAUUCGUACAUUCGAUUUUUGGCAGCAAUUUUCAAUUAUGGGUAUUCUUGCUGGUGUUGGAUUGAUGACGAUCAACAACACCGGCCACAACGUCAAUGCGCUUUGGCGGCACUGGGACAACACACUGAGCAAUGGCUUUUUGGUGUCACAGCAGCAAAUGCAUGUCUCCAUCUUGUCUCUAUGUAGCUUUGCUGGUCGACUCUUGAGUGGCAUCGGUUCGGACGUCAUAGUCAGGGUUCUGCAGCGCAGUCGUGUCUGGUGUCUUUUUAUUUCAAGUCUCAUCCUCUCCGUGGCUCAAAUAUGCGCCUUCAACAUCACCAACCCACAUAGGCUGGGUGUGGUUUCUAGUCUCUCGGGCCUUGCAUAUGGCAUUCUCUUCGGAGUCUUCCCUUCCAUUGUAGCCGAGGCAUUCGGCGUGGAUGGACUCAGUCAAAACUGGGGCUACAUGACCCUAGCGCCGGUCAUAUCAGGCAACAUGUUUAAUCUGUUUUACGGCAGAGUUUUCGACCAACAUAGCAGCAUCGGCACCGAUGGUGAACGCAUCUGUAGGGCGGGUCUUGCGUGUUACUCGGAGGCCUACUUCGUCACGCUGAGCUCCUGUCUGCUAGGAAUUGCUGCCACGUUAUGGGUUAUCCGUCGUCAGCAUAUACAGAGGUCCAGAGACUCGAAAGGCACUCAGCAGGACUAGCUAUUACUCUCGGAAUAUUUCCUACAAUUUUACAGCAAAAGAGUAUCAUCCAAGCCAAAAGUGACCCCUAGGUGCCGUAUUAUCGAUACAAAUCAAGUCUGAGAUCGGAUUCGAAUUCUACGCUAUUAUAAGCACCGGAUUCCAGUUUGUUCGCUUUCCACAGCGCUGGCCGUGGGUUGCCAGCCACAAAGGCCCAAGCUCUGUUAGAUACAGCGUAACCGGAACUACGGCAAAUCACAGGAGGCACUGUAACAACUUAAGAAAAACCCCAAAAAAUUAGUAGACACACACCAUAAGCAUUAAGUGCCCACCCCCCUUCUAGGACGUACCCCUGUUUCGGAUACCACUUUACACCAAAACUCUGCUUUUUAGACCCCUGCUAUUUUAUAGACUAAAAGAGUAAAUA